GGAAUUGUUGAUUGUGGAAGGUGAAUUGUUCACAAAUAACAAUUGCAGUUAGUUAAACGAUGAUUAAAUUGGCAUUUGAUGAUGUGUUGGCGGUAACCAAUCAGAACAAUUCUACUUGCAUCUUCCAAAGGCUUCAAAGUCCAAUUGUUCUCAGUGGUCUCAUUUUAACAUUUAUAGGUUUACUUAUUGGAUUAGCAAUCAUAUUGAUUAAGAAACUACAUUCUACAUCCAUAAUGAACACUGUCUUCAUGGUUAUAACGUAUGUUGUACUACGUGUAGCCUCGAUUUGUUGGUGCUGUGCAAUGUUAAUUGUGAUUGUAUACACAGCAUAUUAUUUGUGUAGAUCCAGUGAAGAAGAACAGUCGCAUGUUAUGUACAUUCUUUUCUUAUGGUCUUAUGAAUACAUCGCCCUAAUUGUCGUUUCACAAUUUAGUUUAAAUUCAUUCAUCGAUUGUCAUUCGAGCGGUGGGAAUACUGAAUGAGACAAUGAUUGGACAUGAUGAAUAGAUGCUAUUCCAUUGAAUGUUUUUAUCUGUUUGUAUAUUAUUGAAAACGGCUUUGUUAUUCAUAAUAGAUGUUCUGUUAAAUAGACGUUCGCCUCUUGGAUUAAGUUCCUGGAUUAACAAUAUUCGUCAAAAAGUCAAACAGACAUUGAAGCACAUUUCGAUUGUACUUGAAAUUACAACAAAACAAAUUGACUGGAAUGAUUUGUUCAAAGAUCGUAUUCCACAAAGACAUACGUAUCGUGACAUUGACAAAUAACUUAUUUUUGAGAGAUUGGUUUUGUAAGUCUGCAACCUUUGAAGCUGGAUCAGUCAGUCAGUCAGUCACAGCGUAGUACCAGGUAUAUCUAUGCAUAGAUUCAUAGGACUAGUUACUUCAAUGUUUGUAAUAUAUGAAAGAAAGAUUGUAUAUAAGGAUAUAGUACAGGAAGAAUGAAUUAGUUGGCAGAAAGAAAUAUGUGAAGCGAUUUUAAUUUCAUAUUUCAAGGGAAGACAGAAAGUGUAUACACCUACACCACGUGGGCGCAAACCAAGUGCUGAAUGGUUUCGAUUGGUCCUCUAGACAACAUCAACCGUCUUGAUUACAACUGGAAGUAGACAAGGAAGAUUUCUUGUCUUAAUAGUAGCAUACAGUGUCUUUCGAACUGGACAUUCACUGUUUGGAUACAAGUACAUCUAGCUAAUUAAUGAGUUCCAAAUAGGAUGAAACUAACUUCCUGGAUUCCACUGCUAACCACACCACAUCUAUUCUAUAAAAACUUGUGACAAUGAAUAUACCUAGAUACUUUGAAUAGGAUUUGCAUAUACGAACUAAAUCUGAUCAAAGUCCAGUCCAAAUAAAAACUAUGGGGUGAUCCAUUCAAUUAAAAAUUGAAUUAAAAUCGAUGGGAGCUCAAAUAUAUAGUUCGUAUAUUGAAUGCCAAUAAAGCUUUCACGGUGUGUGCAUCACCGAUAACCAUAUAAAGCUGGGAAAAUGAUCUUUGGAAUUUUCCUACAACGUGUAUGUAUACAGAAGUAUUUUGUUCAUUUCUUUUCCCUAUCAUAUCCUUCAAGAACUAUCAGUAACAAAAAUGACCAUUUUCGCAGCCCAUUACUUUGGAUAGUAUUCUGGAUAAUAUCAUGACUAACAGGAAACCCUGAACGCUGUUAUGCUGAUAUUCUACACUUACCAGAAGAAAUGGAAUUGAUUCUGCCUAAUGGAUUCGGAUUCGUAUCAUAUCACUUCACAGUCUAAGAUGUCACCACUGAACUAUUCAGACGAUCAAUGACCUUGCGUUGGACUAAAAUAUUGUCUAUAGUGCUUCAUGAUGUAUAUCAUAUUUGAUCAAUGUCAUGUUUGGUCGAUCAGUAUUGAAUAGUUAAAGGAAAAUGAUUUUAUAAAUAGCAAACAAAUAUUGAUUUUGAGUAAGCUUGAUUCCAUUCAACAAGUGAUCGUAUUUCAUUGGAUCGCUAACAAGUUGAUCGUAAAAUUUUAAUUCCUAAUUCAUUCAAUAUUUUAGGUGAAUCUUCAGUGAACGCUACUGGGGCCUGAGGUACCAGUUUUUAUACUAAACAGUUGGAAAUUAUUUUAUCUGGGUAAUGAGUUUAAAACGUUAAGAAACAUUGUUCAUAAACUGUUGUUGCAUUAGGUAAUUAAAGAUAAGCUUGAUUGUAUAUUUAUCCAUCUUGCAUCAAGUGAGGAGCAUAAACAAUACGUGGUUGGAUUUUGAUCUAAUGAAGAUCAUUCUAAUCUAUUUUAUUAAAAGCAAAGAAGGUUAAAUCAUCGUAGUUUGAAUCAGGUCUGAAUCUGUGUCAGACAAGUCUUGUUGUUUUGACUUGUGUUGUCAAAUAAUAAUGGAUUGAUGUUUGCGACAGAAACGGUCAGAUUUGAGAUGAUGGAUUGAUAUUUUACAAAUUACCCAUUUACUCAUAUGGUUCUCAGAUUUUGUUGAGAUGCUUUGUAAUUAUGUGGUCAAAUACAUUCGAUUGUCCUCACUGGUGUUCUGCUCACUACACAUAUAUAGAUUUCCUAAUAGAAAUGUUUUUCCAUUUUAUCGGAGUUUAUUGAAAGUCUGUUCAAGCUUCUCUUAUACAUUCAGAAACAAUCUUUCUUCAUAUCGAACCUUUGCGAAUAACUACAAUCCAUUUUUAAUAUCAAUGCUCGGGUAAAAUUUUAUCAUUUAUGUAUUGAGUGAACAUGUCUCAUGAGUAUAGAUCAGCUUCGUCUUCUCAUAACUAUCAAAUUGUAUAAUGUAGCAGUGGUAGGUGCUUCUUUUUGAUUUUUUACAACUUGACUCAUCUGACCAUCACAUAUUGAGUAGUAACGUUAUAGCACAUCACUUACAAUUAAUUGUGUCAAGCCUUUCAAUGAACUCUUCUGCUGGUCGACUGGAUUAUGAAGACCUCGACUAACGUUUAGGAAUGGUCAAUCUGUUGCUGGUGUUAAUUUGUGAAUAGUUUAGCGAGGAUUUGCGAUCCCCAGAACUCACUUGGAAAAGGACCUCAUUUUGUACGCUAUUUGGUAAUCCUCAACAAGGACGGUUUUGUACUGUAAAUAUAAACGUUUUGAACUGUGUUUGUUGUUAUCGUUUGUUUCUCGCUGUUUGCAGAGUAUACUUCCCCAUUCCAAGCUUGGACUUCCCCCGUUAGUUAGCGGGGCUGAGACUCAUCAAUAGCUCGCUUACUGGUAUUUGAUCAUAGAGACUUGUUUCUCGUUCUCAGAUUAAGUGAACUCGUGAUAGCUUCAACCCUAGCAUAAUUACUCAUAACCUCACCUCUAGUAUGACAUAGGGUCUUCAGAUGUCGAAGUCGGGAUCCAUCACUAUAGAUGAUGAUCUCACUGUAUGGAUGCCUAUCUUUUCCUCUUUACAUCCCAUAGAAAUGAAUGAGUUUUCGUCUCGUAUUGACUGUUGAUCUGUUGAAAGUGGUCUUAUACUUAAUCGGUCUAAAUGUCAAGCUGUCAACUUUAGCAUGAGGCAUGAACGGCAUCUAAACACCACUUUGAGAUCCUAUUGUUCUUUACUGUUUUCCAUUACUCUGUAGUGACAUAAUGUUAUCAAGAGAACGCGAUCGGUUUAAUGGAAACAAUUAUUAUUAUAACCAAUUGUACCAGUGAUUGUUUUACUGUGCUUGUUUGUUUAACUGUGACAAAAACAUCCAUUACUACUUACUUCGAUUGUGACCUCACGAGAAUUCGGUUACGCUCAGUAACCAAACUUGUAUCCUGGCAUGAUCUCAGUAUUCUUUCGAUACCACGAGAUCGCCAGCAAAUAUAUCUCGACUAGGUUCAUUAACUGCCUUCUGAUAUUUGGCUUCCGGGGGAUUUUAUGGAUAUUCUGUACGCAACCUUAUUGUAGUGGUGUUCAUAGUCUAUCACGACUCGAUACCACGCUACAAUUCUCUCCCGGACUUUUCAGGAAAGACUCUGCUGUAUUGCGGAGAGUGCUGAAGACAAUCAGCAAGGUGUAUGGUGAAUCUUUCGAGGUCAUAAUUAAUAUGGUUGUGGAUAGACAUCAAAAGUCAUGCAAACUCCUGGCAGGUGUUAUUUUAUCAGAUAAUAACCAUCCCCCAUAACCUUAUCUUUCUCAUUGUAUAUCUUCUGGUAAAACGAGACGUAAUUACAUUAAAAUCUAUGCACGCAAGCAAAAGUAUAAAAGUUCUAUAAUACCUUACAUAACAAAUAUACUCAGUGAUGAACAGGGUUUUACAGGUAUUCUAAUCAAUAACCAACAUUCCUAGCAUGUCUCUAAACUGAAAGGUUGUACAGUUUUUUCAGACGUUUUUUGUCUUUGUUUCUCCUUUUUUUGUGUGUGCUGAAAUACGCUGUUCUGAGAAUUCUAUAUUGUACCAAAAAUAUAAUAUUGAAUAAAGCCAUUAAUAAUAAUAGUGUCUUAUUGAAUGUGUUAUAUCACCUAAUUAUAUUCACUUGAAUUUAUAUUCGGAGAUGUUUAUU